UCCUCCGGCGCAGUUCUGUAGACGCGCAGCCUCCUCCUCCUCCAGCAGCGCGCCGCCGCGGUUCGUGUUCUCGCAGGGCAUCCUACGGUAACAUGGUAUUCAGCGAGCGGCAGCAGUAGACAGAUCGCUGGACCGUAAGAGAAUCCGCUAUCCUGCUCUCCUUUCGCAACAUUUCAACACAUUGAGGGGAAACUCGGCGUUUCUUGGAUACGAUUUGACCAGAAGCCUCAGUGUUGUGACUGGGCACACAGAGACUUAUCAUCAUGGGAAAGCAGAACAGUAAGCUCAGGCCAGAGAUGCUACAGGACCUGAGGGAGAACACAGAGUUUACUGAUCAUGAGCUACAGGAGUGGUACAAGGGGUUCCUGAAAGACUGCCCCAGUGGGCAUUUGAACGUGGAGGAAUUUAAGAAGAUCUAUGCCAACUUCUUUCCCUACGGGGAUGCCUCGAAGUUUGCUGAGCACGUAUUCCGCACGUUUGACACCAACAACGAUGGCACCAUCGAUUUCCGGGAGUUCAUCAUCGCUCUGAGUGUGACAUCACGGGGGAAACUGGAGCAGAAGCUGAAAUGGGCCUUCAGCAUGUACGACCUGGACGGCAACGGCUACAUCAGCCGUGAUGAGAUGCUGGAGAUUGUGCAGGCCAUUUACAAGAUGGUGUCAUCGGUGAUGAAGAUGCCUGAGGAUGAAUCCACACCUGAGAAGAGGACAGACAAAAUAUUCAGACAGAUGGACCUUAAUAAUGAUGGCAAGUUGUCUUUGGAAGAGUUCAUAAAAGGUGCCAAAAGUGAUCCGUCCAUUGUGCGGCUACUGCAGUGUGACCCCAGCAGCGCCUCGCAGUUUUAAACCUCACCAGACAUCGGGCGCUCAAUGCAUGAAAGCUCUCGUAUCUCAUCUUUUGUGUUCCAGAUGGAUCCGUUUUAAGAAAAAAAAGUGCAUCAAUUUUACUUUCAGUCUUUCCCGAAAAUGACAUGCGUACAUCCGAAGAACAAAGUGGACACCUGCCAAGACGUCUCGUGUCUGCUGUGCGUCACCUGUGCAUGUCUCUGCAGAAGCUGCGGGUGGAGUGCUCGGCUUCAAAAUAUCACAGGCUGAUCGUGUCCGGGGUCCAGAUUUUAAAACGGAAUGCCUCUUCUUAGCAUUCGUGCAUGCGCUCCCACUUUCUGUACCCCCACAACCCUCUUGUGUUUAAUAUCUGUGCUGUUCUUUUUGUUCUUUUCCAAGUUGAUUUGAGGGCACAGGCCCCUUAUCUACUUUUUAUAUGGAUACUUAUGUGUAUUUACAGUACAAACACAUAUAGGAACGGCAGUAUUAUGUAGCUUCAGGCAGCAUCCAAAACUUUGCCUCUGACCCAGUGGACUGAUGGAAUGAAUGUUGGGAUUUUUCUGCUCUGGCGCUCAUGAUCUUUAAUUUUACGAAGAGAAGGCUGAGGAUCCCAUUGAAUGCUCUGUUCGUUUUCUUCUACUUUUUGUUUGUUUGAUGUCAUUGUUGUAAAUUUGUGGUUUGCUUCCAUAUUUCUUUUUUUAUUUUUGCAUUUUAAUGGUGUUGUUUUACCAUGGGUGAUUUUAUUGGUGAACGGAGAUGUGAUGUAUUAUGCUGUUUCCAGUAAGUUGUUCUUAUUUCAAGGCUUUCCAAUGCAUCGUGGGAAAUAUUUGCAUCAGGGGAUUUACUGUAUUUCUGUUGUGUUUUGAAUCAAAGAUACUGGUAGCACAUAUCUUUUACGGCGCUUCAUCUGUGUGCGUGUGUUUAUGGGCGUUUGUACGUACGCAAGAGUGAAGGUUUGCAUGUUUCGGUGUGCGACCGUGCUACCUUUAUAGUAUCACUUUGUGUAGUUCUAUACAACGUUUGUAUGCAACGGUAAGUUUUUCAAUCCCUAAUUUUAAGCAGCAAGCAAAUACCUAUUCAGCACUUGAAAUUGUACUUUAUAGAAUUUUAAGCAAUCCAUCAACAACUUAGACAGAAAUGUACGAUGCUAUGAUUUAUGAUCAUCGCGUUUAGAUAAACCGUUUGGAUACUAAAAGCGACCACUAAGGGCUUAUUUCCACUUCUGAAUGAACAAGUGUAAGGUAAAAAGUCACUGCUUUGAUUUUUCUUUGUUUUAUGCAACAACUGACAUUCCAUGACCUGAAUACGACAGGUGUUUCUGCUUUGUACAAACACAGUGAUCGAGCUUAGAGACUAGCUCACAAACCCACUCUGUGUGUAGCUUUCAGUUUGCGCCAUCCAUGUUGCUUCCAUAUUUGUACCGAGACCAUAUUUGAUGCUGCACCCUCUAUGGCAACUUUCCUAUAUUAUGUUGCAUGAAACCUCAUGCGAGGUCAUAAUGAUUGUCCCCUUUUACUGACAUUGAAAACAAAUAUACCUAUGUGUUUA